AUGGGAUUGAGGUGGGUUUAUGGGGUGGUGGCGGUGGCAGUUGUGGCGGCAGGACUGGUGGUCGACGGUGGUUAUGGCUUUCCGGCGGAGGAUCUCGUCGAGGCAUUGCCAGGUCAGCCAAAUGUGACAUUUAGGCAGUUUGCAGGAGUCGACCGAGACGUCCCAGCGAUGUACGAGUUCUUGUGGUCGCACGGGUUGAUCUCAGACGAGUUAGAAAACACCAUUAGAAAAGAUUGUGAUUUUUCGAGUUAUUCGUUUGUGGGUACGAGGAAUGAGAGUCAAUAUCAAUGUUACGAUGACUUGGACGAGUCAUACGAGAUUGCUAGCAACCAUGUUGACAUUUAUGGUGUCAUUUACGACGAGUGCUAUCCAUCCAUAGUCGAGCAAGAAUUGCGACUCAGAAAGAUGGCGACAAAGAUGAGUUAUGGAAUCGACAUUUGCAGGAUGUACGAAACAUCCUUUUACUUAAACUUGCCCGAGGUUCAAAAGGCUCUACAUGCAAAUCGUACCAAUUUACGAUACAAUUGGUCCGACUGCAGUAAGUAA